AUGCAAAUCAAUAUGAACUUCCAACGGGUGUUUGAAAAGUUUGAUGAUUUGAAGCUUGAUGCAUUGCUUGCAUCAGAAGUAGGGCCUUCCCAUGCAAAAGGGGGAAAUGCGAAGUUGAAAACUAAGUUGACUGUUGAUGUGUUCCGAGCUACUCAGCCAAUGCUUCCUCCCAUUCAUGCUCAGAGAUUUUUUCCUAUUGAUGAAUGUUAUCCAAUCAAAAAAACAGAUGAAUUAUCUAAUGAGCCUAUGAUUCCUCCUCCGUCCGAAGUUUCAUCACUCCUGUUGGUCAAUAAAUCAUCUCUUCCACCACCACUCUGA